AUGCCGCCGAUGCGAAACGCUGGCAGCGGAAAGAAAGCGGCAGAGUCCGAGAGUCGGAACCUGGAAAAGUCAUCCACAGCUGCCCUGCUCGACAGUGCUACGGAAGACGAGAAUGGCGAUGGUGAAGGUCCAGGCGAUUCGGCUGUUGCGCGUGGCAUCUCCCCUUCCAGGCGUGUGUUUAUCUUGACGAGUCUGGCAGCUGGGUCGUUCAGCAGCAAUCUCAACUCCUUCGCUGCGUUCUUCACCACGGCUGCAUUGGAUAAGCACCCAAGCGGGGGUGCGGACUACCAUGCAGCCGUCGGAGCCGUGUAUAGUAUCUCAUUUAUAGCCGGAGCCAUGGCCAUCCCGCUGUUGACCAAGGAUCUACCAAACAUCGGCAGUAAGAACCUUAUGGUACUGAGCUACUUCGUGACGGGAGCGACACAGUUGAUGUUCGCCUAUGUAGGUGAAAUCCAGGACUGGCGCGUGUUUCUCACCUAUUGCUAUUGUAUACGUAUACUGCAGGGUGUUGCAUACGUCACGUCCUCAGUGGCCGUCAUGUCCUAUCUAACCAGGUUGUACCCGGCCGAUCUCGGCUUCGUCAACGGCUUCCAGAUCACGUUUCUCGGCUCGGGCCACAUCACUGGCAUUCUCCUAAGUGGCUUGAUGUACGACAUCGGCGGCUUCAAGGCGCCGUUCUUAACGUCCGGCGUGCUUCUCCUGAUAGUCAGUGCUCUGGUGUUGUGCAUACUGGUGGACAUUGACACGGUCGAUGGCCGGGCCCGGUCCAGCGCGGCGGAUGUGGAAAAGGUGGUCGGCGUGCGAACGACACUGCGUUCGCCGUGGGUCUGGCUGAUGUCGUGUCUGCUGGUGCUGCUGUCGUUCGGCUACGGCGGCCUAGAGGCCAACCUGGGCCCGCGCAUGCGCACCUCUCUGCACUCGCCGGCGGUGUUGGUGGGUGUGGUGCUGGCCGUGAAAGCUCUGAUGGUGACGAUAUCCGCACCGCUGGUCGGCAGUGCUCUGGAUCGCGGUGUCAAUGCCGCUCUGCUCCAGGUCGUCGGGUUGCUGCUGACGGCAUGCGGGUUUCUCCUCACAGCGCCGGCCACAUUCCUUCACCUCUCGCCGUCUCUCUGGAUGCUCUUCGUCGGCGUGGUGCCGCUGAGCAUCGGGACCAUACUCAUCCGAGUGUCGUGCGUCGUCAGCAUGACUCAGCACCUGGAACGCACUGGGGUCGGCACGGCAACGGAGCUGCGGGUGGCGGUCGCCGGCCUGUCGCGCUUCGCCAUCACCGUGGGUUACGUGCUCGGCCCGCUCGUGUUCAGCGCGACGAUAGCCGUCGCGGGCUUUGCGCUGACUCUCACCGUGGUGGGGUUCAUGCACGCGUGCGUGGCCGGUGUGGUGGCCGUACUUGUCUGGUUCCAUCAUGUGGCGCUGAACGUCAGUAACAAGCGAGCGGACUUUGUCAAAUUGGAAUAUGCUGACGAGAACGAUGACCUCUAG